AGCAGCGCUGUUCGGAGGGGACGGAGGAGGCUCAGGUCUGCUCAGGUCCUCUGAGGACACAGAGACACGAAAUCUCCUCGCCUGAGAGGACGGUGGCAAGGACGGCUCCAGCUGGACAGGACGCAGACCGCUGCCUGGAAAGCCAGGACCCCAUCCCACCACCGCCUGGCCUCCUGCCAUGGAGCCCAACCACACGGCCCCGUCUCCUCCGCCACCCACGCCGACGGUCGAGGGAGAAGAGGUGUGCGAGAUAGACGUCCCCGACGUGGCCGUGGACGGCGCCUCGCUGCUCAUCUGCCUCUGCGGGCUGGUGGGCAAUGGGGCCGUCCUCUGGCUCCUUGGCUGCCGCAUCCGCAGGAACCCCAUCACCGUCUACGUGCUCAACCUGGCCGUCGCUGACUUCAUCUUCCUCCUCCUCAUGCUCACCUCCGCGAUCCUCUACAUCCUGGACAGCCUCUCCUGCCACACCUUCCAUUUCUUCUCAUACCUCACGCCGUUCUUCCUGCCCCUGCUGUUCACCCACAACAUGGGCAUGUACCUGCUGACAGCCAUCAGCAUCGAGAGGUGCGUGUCUGUCCUGUGCCCACUCUGGUACCGCUGCCACCGCCCCCAGCACCUGUCAGCUGUGGUGUGUGCCCUGCUCUGGGCCCUCUCCAUUUCUGUAAUUGCUAUAGUAGCUGUCCCGUGCCUGACACACCAGCAAGACCAAUGCCGUCUGUCCCUCAUCUCCAUGUAUGCCCUCAACUUCCUUAUUUUUGCCCCACCCAUGGUCAUUUCCAAUGUGAUCCUGUUCAUUAAGGUCCAGUGCGGCUCCCAGCGGCGCCAGCCCAGGAGGCUCUAUAUCGUCAUCUUCCUCACUGUCCUCUUCUUCCUCCUUUUAAUGGUCCCCCUCAGCAUCUGGAAUUUCGUGCAGCAUAUCAAUAUCAGUAUGGGGCACUCCCAGGUUGUUUUCCUGCUUGCCUGCAUCAACAGCAGCAUCAACCCCUUCAUCUACUUCCUGGUGGGGAGCUGCCGGAGGCGCUGCUCCUUGGUGUCCCUCCAGGUGGCCUUCCGGAGGGUCUUUGAGGAGACAGGGGUCACUGUGAUCUCCAGCUGAGAGGCCACUGUGGUUUCACUGUCUGCGCUGCGUCCCCCAGCUUCAUGCUCAGCUGCCCACACCUCUUCAUGGCCACCCCACGGGUCACCUUCCCAUGGCUGCUUGUCAGGAUGUGUUCGUGUCCUGUCGUUACCCCAUCCCUAUCCCUGUCCCAUCCCCAACCUGUCCUCAUCCUGUUCCCAUCCUUUUCCUGUCCACAUCACCAUCCCAGCUCAGUUCCCAUCCUUCUCCCUCCCUGUGCAUCCCAUGCCAUUCCCUGUCCCAGUCUGGAUCCCCAUCCUGUCUCCAUCCCCUUCCCUAUCCUUUGCCAUCCCAUCCCAUUCCCUGUCUGGUCUUUGUCCCCAUCUCUAUCCCAUCCUAAUCCCAACCCUGUCCCCACCCUGUCAUGUCCUGUCUCAUUCUCUCCCCAUCCCCUUCCCUGUCCCCAUACUAAACCCUGCCCUGUUCCCAUCCGUGUCCCAUCCCGAUCCUCAUCUCUGCUGCUGUUUGUUUCCAUCCCCAUCCCCAUCCCCUUCCCAAUACCAUCCCCAUCCCAUCCUCUUCCAUCCUGUCCCACGCCCCUUCCAUCCCAUCCCCAUCCCCGUAUCCGUCGGGACCCUUUUCUCGCCCCGUCCCAUGCCCAUUCCCUCCAUCCCCGUCCCCUCCUGUCCCCUCCAGUCCCGUCCCCGCAUCUCCCGGCCACCUCGACGCGGAGCGCGGGGCUUUGCUGCCCUCCAGCGUGGAAAGAGGAAACCGGAGGGCUCCGCGCAACCCCCCGGAGAAGCGGCGCUUCGACGCUGGGUGCGGGGGCUCCGCCGGCCCGGGACGGGCUCCGUUGCGGGACACCCCCGCACAGCGCCCGGCGCCCCCAGCCCCCGCGUCCUCCCGGACCCCGGCUCUGCCCCCAAUAAAGCCGCUGCUCUGCC